AUGUCUGGCAUCGUGGAAGCCUCUACGGUUGCCAGCACAUCUAGUGCACCGGUGCUACAGCAUUUCGAACCUACAACUUUACCAGAACCUUCAUCCUUAUCGUCAUUGCCGCUCCAGCUCCUCACGUCACCCUUGCGCGCCUUUCAACACGCCGAGACCUUUGCCCUCCGGACAGUUCCUCAGACACUCGCUAGAAUCCCUGGAAUGAACGCCCUAGGGUUGGACUUCUGGAGCGGAGCAGAUCCGACUACCGGGGCCGGUGACGCAGGGACAGCAGCAACCAACGCGGCUGCGAAUAUGGCUGGAGCUGCGGGAGGAGUAGGCCAGGAUGGUGGCUACUACAUUGCUGAGUUCCUUAGCGCGAUCAAGAAGGUCGGCGGUUUCUUUGGGUACUUGACCAGUCUGUGGUCAUUCGCAUGCUUGGUGGAGGCACUCAUUCUCAACCGCAUCACAAUCUAUGCGUCCACUCGGCGACACCUUCGACUGGGCUGGGAAAGACGCCUGGCUCUCCGUUUGAUCCCUAUCCUUCUCUUGUUGUUUCAAAUCACGAGUCUGCUUCGCGGAAUCAGGUGCCAGACAUCGCCCGACUUUUCGACUUUUCGAUAUGGCAAGCCCGGAAAGCAACUCAUCUUCGACUAUUCCAGUGAUGGGGGUGCUCUUUAUACAAUCAGUUCCAAGCUCUUAGGAUGGGAGUCUGUCGAGCAGUCCUGCAGCGCUGUGAAGAUGGGCCGCACAGGCACCUCGUCGCCGAUUCCGUACGGGUCCUUUUCUCUCUUGUGGCCGACAUUUUUACUUCUUUGCGGGAGCCACUUCGCCGAGACUUUGUCAUGCGCAUUGCAAGGAAAGCCUGUGAUGACUGAGACAGGAAUGUCUAUCUUUGAGCAUUCACUUGCAUUCGCAGAAGCCGAGUCGAUGAUUAGCAAAUCAAUUGGACUGGGCAUGUUUGGUCUUCCGAAACAAAGUCCUCUCAGUACAAGUUCAUCUGGCGAAGCAUCAGCCUCGGUUCUUCAAAUGCUUACAAGAUCGCAAGUUUUGGAACGCAUGAAUGUGACGCCUGAAUUGUUACUCAUUGCACUGAUAUCAUGUUGCAAUAGUUUAACAUCCCACCUUUUAGACGUCAUCGGGAAACAAAGCAGAUAUCGGCUGUUAAAUACUGCUUUUUGGGGAGCCUGCUUCAUGGCUGCCAUGUUAUGGGGGUUGGAAGGUGGCCCGCCCGUCAGCAUUGAAACCGGCGUUCUCAAGUUCCCCACAGUAUGCAUUGUCGGGUUCAUUCCUCACAUACUUGUCCUGUUUGGCAUCGUUGUCUGUGUGUCAAUCUAUGGAAUCGCCCUCACAAUCACCGCUUUUUCAAUGCAUCCGGAAGAUGAGCAACCUGUGACGCUCCGUGAGCGGUUCAUGCUCGCACAUGAUAAUAUGCAAGGAUCCAACCAGAUCCGCAGCGUUCGCAUUAAUAGACACGAGGAUUUCUAUACAACUUUGCUUAGGAUCGGCUAUGUCGCUCUCACUGCUGCGAGCGAAGCCGUCUUUUUAAAUGAAGGCAAAGCAGUCAUCGCGCGGCGCAUGACAUGGCUAGAAGAGGACCGACUCGCUGAGAUCGAGGCUUCGCGAAAGAAGUCCUCUUCUUAUGAACAUUGGCAAAGUGAAUCAAACACUCGUCCGAUCGAGGCUUUGGGCUUUGCAAGCUUUGACAUUCCACACGAGCCUCCAGUUUGGGUGACUGGCUACGACCGUGAAAAGAAGAUUGAGAAGCAAAAGAAUGGCAAUCGCGCCGUUCGUUCUCAAGCCGAGCUUGGCGGAGUUGGAGCGGUGCGCGUGUCCAUCCGCCUAUGGCAUGUUGCCUCGUUCUUCCGUGCUAUUACGUUGCUCAUCCUGCGCUGGGUCGCAUUCGGAUUCAGCAUAGUACUUGAUCGACUGGGAUUCACUGCUCGUCCGAUGUGGCUGAAACGCCUGAUUGGACACCGUCAACAAGCGGCUGAGACUGAAAAGCCUGGUGAAUCACGUCCACUAGAUUUCUGGAUCAUCUCUGAUGAUGGAGAAAUCAGACUUCCCGAAAACGGUGACUUCGAUGUUGAGCUAGAGAUGAGGAAGCGAGAGCGGACAAAUCGAAUCGAACGAUUGGGACCGGAUGAAGGCUGGCUAGAUGACAGGUUGUACGGCUGGUGGAGAUCUGGUGGCGCCUGGGGCAACCAAGAUCAUAGCUCAGACUACCAACCCGCAGCUGACGAUGAUUUUGACACCACUAGUAUGGUUUCCAUGUCGACCAAUGCCUCCGAAUCAGAAUGGGAAGACUACCCAUCCGAUGACGGCCGUCGCACUCCCACUCAACGUGAACCAUACGCAGACAAGGCACGCCCCGCCCCUAUCCAAGAUCCUCUGCUUGAUAUGAGCACUCUCGCGCGUCUUCUCGACCCUCGUGACAGCGAAAGCAGAGAAGAAGCUCGCAUCCUUGCCGCGCAUCUCAAAUCCAGCCAGGAUAGCCCCCAGGUCAUGACUCGCAGUCGCUACCAGAAAGAGAUUGAACGGGAGAAAUCCAAGAUCAUCUUCUCCUCUCGUCUGCACCAGUUAAAUGCCAUGGAGUCCGGGCCGAGUGGGCGUAAGCCCACCGCGGAUGAGGAAUCCGAGAUUCUGGAAAAACUCAUCCUCUCUCGUCGCGCGGAGACCUCACCUCACGCCGAUGCCUCUUCCUGGGAGUCCGGCGCAACAGGCCUCGGUCCCAAUGGCCCGCCUUGCGUGGUUUGUCAGACUAGCCCUCGGGCUAUCAUCACCUGGCCCUGUCGCUGUCUCUGCAUUUGCGAAGACUGUCGUGUUAGCCUUGCGAUGAACAACUUUGGCAGCUGUGUGACCUGCCGUCAGGAAGUUGGGGGAUUCAUGCGUCUAUGGGUUCCGUGA